CAGAUCCUCCGCGCUCCUCCUCGAAGCUCGAGACGCGCACAAACAUCCCCAUUGUGCGCGAAGCGGCCGAGGCGGCUCCACGCGUGCACACGCGACCACCGCGCACACUGCUCCGGCGGACGCGAUCGCGCACCGCCACCGCCGCCGCUCCGGUCCCUCCCUCUCCCCUCUCCAUCCCCCGAGCGCGCGCGCGCGCGCGCAGCAUCGAUCGUGGCUCCUUUAAGAGAGCCCAAGCCAGAAUUAUCACCCCACCUCCUCUUGAUCUUCCUCUAGACGCUUUUGCAUAAGAAAAUCAAGCCGGGAGCCGAGAGUGAUCAAAGAAAACGAGAGGAGAGCUGCUUCGUUUUUUAACGGGCGAUCGUGAACCGUCAGGCGUUGAGGUGGUGCCGAUCCCGUGGAGACGCGCGUCGGAUCCAUCAUUCAUCCGCUACUUUUGACAAGCCCCCCUCGCGUUGUGACUGACAAGUCGGAGUGGCAAGACAGAGAGAAGGAGAGAGGAGAAGAAAAAGAAGGAAAGAAGAAGAAGAAGAAGAAGAAGAAAGAGCCAUGAGAGUGGACAGUUUUGUUUAAAAGGGGGUUUGUUUCAACCCCGCUUUUUUUUUUUUUUUUUUUUUUUUUUUUUUCGGGGGUGGGAAAAAAGGAGCCCCGGCGCCGCUGCCGAGAGGACAGCCGAGGACGUGUAUCCGCCGCGCCCGGGCUGAACUUGCACUGAGAGCGAAGCGGGAGCUGCUUCACCACUCCGUGGAAGAAGAAGAAAAAGAAGAAACAGCAGCAGCAAAGAAGAGCGAAAGACGAACUCGGGAUUUGUGUGCCGAGAGUUCUUCUCGUUUGUUUUGGAUUUCCCUUCUGUCUUGUAUUUUUUAUUUUUUUUUUUAACCCCGCGUCCACCCUGGCCUCAGAGGGGAUUUACCCGAACUGAAAGGACGACCAGGGAGUGAGGAGGGUUAUGGCGCAACGGUACGAAGACUUGCCCCACUACGGGAUGGACGGGGUGGGCAUCCCGACCACCAUGUACGGAGACCCGCACGGCGCCCGCUCCAUGCAGGCGGUGCACCUCAACCACGGACCCCAGCUGCACUCCCACCAGUACCCGCACACGGCGCACACCAACUCCAUGCCUCCCAGCAUGGGCUCCUCCGUCAACGACGCUCUCAAGAGAGAUAAAGACGCCAUUUACGGGCACCCCCUGUUCCCCUUGCUUGCACUGAUUUUUGAGAAAUGUGAAUUAGCGACUUGCACCCCCAGAGAGCCCGGGGUGGCGGGAGGAGACGUCUGUUCGUCGGAAUCUUUCAAUGAAGACAUAGCGGUGUUUGCAAAGCAGAUCCGGGCAGAAAAGCCUCUGUUCUCGUCAAACCCGGAGUUGGAUAAUCUGAUGAUUCAAGCCAUUCAGGUUUUACGAUUUCAUCUUCUGGAGCUGGAGAAGGUACACGAGCUGUGUGAUAAUUUCUGUCACCGGUACAUCAGCUGCUUGAAAGGCAAGAUGCCCAUCGACUUGGUGAUAGACGACAGAGAGGGGGGCUCCAAGUCAGACAACGAGGAAAUCACAAGAUCGGUGGCGUUGGACCAGACAUCCUGGAACAGAGACCACGACGACACGGCGUCCACGCGCUCCGGAGGCACGCCGGGGCCGUCCAGCGGCGGACACACGUCUCACAGUGGGGACAACAGCAGCGAACAGGGUGACGGCCUGGACAACAGCGUGGCUUCGCCGAGCACGGGCGACGACGACGACCCGGACAAGGAGAAGAAGCACAACAAGAAGAGAGGGAUUUUUCCUAAGGUGGCCACCAACAUCAUGAGAGCGUGGCUCUUCCAACACCUAACGCAUCCCUACCCCUCAGAAGAACAGAAGAAGCAGCUGGCGCAGGACACAGGACUCACCAUCCUACAAGUGAACAACUGGUUCAUUAAUGCGCGGAGGAGAAUAGUGCAGCCCAUGAUCGACCAGUCGAACCGUGCAGUAAGUCAAGGAGCUCCCUACAAUCCAGAUGGCCAGCCAAUGGGUGGCUUCGUCAUGGACGGCCAGCAGCACAUGGGAAUCAGACCACCUGGGCCGAUGGGUGGAAUGGGGAUGAACAUGGGCAUGGAAGGUCAGUGGCACUACAUGUAGCCCAACCCGAGUCUGACCAAUCACAACGCAAUGGGGGAUAGCUGGAGGGGAAUCGUGUGUCUCCCAGAGGCCCGUGGAGCUCAGGAACGGCACACCUCGACUUCCCGACGCCAGAAACCAACGAAAACAAGACUCCGGAUUCAGCGACCGUUUCAUCCAGUCGACGCCCGUCACCCGGACGUCUUCCAUGGCUGCCUCCAAUCUUUCCACCGGAAUCGAACUGAUGCUGCGCUGAUCAAAUUUCGGCCAAGUACAGGAGGAUCUGACUCCUGAAAGAAUGCCGCUUCUUCUUCUACUUCUUCUUUUUCUUCUUCUUGUUCUCUGGUUGGCACAAGACUUCAGUCCCUUUGCUGCUGCCCAGUCGCCCCACGCAGAUUCCUCCAUCGAAGUGAUUGUGAUUGACUCUUUUCGGGCGAUUUGCCUGCACCUCUGGCGAAUGUGCUGCCCGGUUGAUCUAUUCUCGAUUCUUUUGAGGGCAAAUGUUGAGACUUCUUUUUAAGAGGAGCGCUCUACUCUUUGGGACGGAGGAUGUGGACCAAAGAGAAGCCAAUGUCUGUAAAGGACAGGAGGAGGUGCCCUUUAAAAAAAAAUAAUAAUAAAAUGAAAAGAUACAGUGGAUUGAGACCUGGAUGGAGAGAUGGCGAGAGUGAUGAAAUUAAAAAGUGUAAAACUAUAUCAAGCCCUAGUUUGGGAAGUGAGUUGAGAAAGAAAAUAUACUGUAUACUGUUGUAAAAUUACGCUGGACUCUCACAAGAACUGGGAAACUAAGUAUUGUAAAUGCUAUUGUAUUGUUCUGCAUAUUAUGUUGUUUCUAAUAGAUUUUUUAAAAAAGGAUGUGAACUUUUUUCUCUUUUUUUCUGGUUUCUUUACAGAUUCUCUUAAUUGUGAGCGUGCGCAUGUGUGUGUGUAUGUGGGUGGGUGGGUGUGUGUGUGUGUGUGCGCGUGUUGGCAUGCGCCGUCCCCAACAAAUCUGCCCUCUUCAACCUCCAGCCCCAUUGAACCACGUUGCGUUUUUAUUUUGAGAUCAAAGUAAAAUCCCGGGUCUGCACUUUUUCACAACCUUUUUGUGGCGUAUCAGAAAGGUCGGCGAUCCAGGCGUUGGUUUUGCUCAUUUUUAUUUUUAAAAAAAACCUUUUUGCCACUCCUCAGGCUUUCUCGCGGACCUAGAAGAUGCAGAUGUUUCCAUCAAUUUGGCUGCACUUCUCUUGCCUCCAAUCUAUGCCACUUCUGCUGGUUUCGACCAGACGGACGAAGUUUUCCCCCACCGUCCCGUUUUCCACUGCUUUCAUUUUGUACAUGUGAAGGAUGGGGAGAUCCUCUUAGUGUCAUCGUGGUGAUGCACGCUAAGACAUUCUUCACAGUUGAUGGGGAAGCUGCAAGAAUAACCCAGAAGACAUGUUUUUUUGUCCACCUGUAUCCAAUUGAAUGUCUUUUCCAGGGUCUUAUUGGUGCGUUUGAUGUCACUCGCUUUCGCGCACCCAAUGGAUUUUUCUCCCUCUCGUGAUUUGUUGCAGAUGUUUUGGGGAAACAUUUAUGCCACGGUCCACUCGUGUUUUUUUUUUUUGCUUUUAUUUUUAACUAGCUUGGUUUAAUGCUGGUCAACAGACAGGAGAGAAUGUAAAAGCAACACUAAAAACUGCUGGGUUUAAAACAGCCCAGUCUGGGUUACUUUGCUAACCCGUUUCUGGGUCCAACAUUAAUCCAUUCUAAUGCACGCGUCUUCUUGCUUUCAAUAAAAAAAAAUGCCUUCGUGGAGACAAAAUAAUCAUGUGUGUAUUAAGCUGAAGUGCAUUCCAGCAUUUCUGGCUUGCUGAUUUUUUUCUACUGGCUGUUUUGUGCUGAAAGUAAAAAAAAAAAUUCUCGUACAUAAAAGUCAGAAGCAUCAAAACAUCACUUACUAUAUAUGAGACUAUAACAUGUAGUCUUAAUAGUGCCUCUAAGUUCCUUAUCUCUAAAUAUAAACCAUCCAUUCGGUUUACAACAAGGGUAAAGCUACUGAAGAAGGGAUGAAUAGAGUGACCAACUACCAGGAAUGAUAAAGACUUAAUAUUUAAUCUAAAAUGCAUCAUUUUUCAGUUCACUAAAAUUCAGUGAAAAUUUAAUGUCAAAAAAGUUGCGAUCUUUAGACAUUUCACUGACAAACACUUGAAUUUGGAUGGGAAAAGUUACACUUAGUGUACUUUACGACCGAUUGUUCAGUUGAAGUUUAAGUCUUGCUCUGGCUAGCGCUAGCUCCCUGGCAUGUAUAAGGCUCGUUUUGUUUUCUAGUGUGAACUAAAGUUCACAACACAAUUAUUGUUUUUACUCAGCAACAUUUUAACCGUCUCGUUCCUCCCUUCAUCCUGUUUGAGGAGGAUUGUUGAAGUCCGGUCAGGUCGGUGUAUUCAAAAUGGCGACUGUUGAAGAACGACGAGGCUCCUUUUGGUCUCUUCACUCACCAAACUCUGCAGCUACGACUACCUAACAUCUGUCCCAACAGCAUAGGGCUAAAAGAAAAGCCCAGCAGUUUUUACGUGUGCUGCAUGUGUGGAACAGUAUUGAUGUGACUGGGAACAUGUGUGUGUCGUAGAGAGCGGGCGCGCGUGUGUGAGUGUGCGCUAUCAAUGCUCCCACUCUCCAUUGCUUCAGACAUGUAUGACGCCCAUCUUUUCAAAUUCCUUUGAAGACAAAGUCAUGAGUCGUAUGCUUUUACUUUGAAGGGUAUAUGUGUACAUGUGUGUUGUAAAUAAAUACUUUUCUUCAAAUAACACAA